GAACAUAACAUAUCAGGAAAAGUAAUAGACAUGAUAACAGAAGAAAAACUAACAGAAAUGGGUAUAGAUAAAAUUGGUGAUAGGUUAGAAGCUUUGAAGUUCAUCAGAGGUAUUUCUGAACAGCACCAGAGAAAGGUAUUUAAUGAUCCCGUCCAUGGUCACACAGAAAUCCACCCCCUAUGUGUAAAGAUAAUUGAUACUCCACAGUUCCAAAGGCUGAGAUAUUUAAAACAGCUAGGUGCUUGUUACUUUGUUUAUCCUGGUGCUGGUCAUAAUAGAUUUGAACACUGUAUUGGUGUUUGUCAUCUAGCUGGACAGUUAGCUCGGACAUUGAAGAAAAGACAGCCAGAAUUAGACAUAACAAAUAAAGAUGUCUUGUGUGUAGAAAUAGCAGGCCUAUGUCAUGAUUUAGGUCACGGACCCUUUUCACAUUUAUUUGAUGGAAAAUUUAUACCGACAGUGAGACCAACAUUGAAAUGGAAGCAUGAAGAUGCCUCUGUUAAGAUGUUUGAUUACCUGAUCGAGGAGAAUGAACUGAGAGAAGAGUUUGAGAGAUUUGGUUUGACAGAACAGGAUAUUAAAUUCAUAAAGGAACAGAUUGGUGGUCCCUUAAAAAAGAAUAAAAACGAAUGGCCUUAUCAAGGUAGAGAGGAAAAGAAAGGCUUUUUGUAUGAGAUAGUAGCAAAUAAAAGAAAUGGUAUAGAUGUAGAUAAAUGGGACUACUUUGCCAGGGACUGUCAUGGUUUAGGAAUAAAGAACAACUUUGAUCACCACAGGUUUAUGAAGUUUUCAAGGGUGUUGAAAGUAGAUGGUUCACUACAGAUCUGUUCUAGAGAUAAGGAAGCUGAUACAGUUUACAGCAUGUUUCAGAUAAGAGCAACAUUACAUAGAAGGGCUUACCAACAUCGAGUCUGUAAUGCUAUAGAAACUAUGAUAACAGACGCCUUCAUUCAUGCAGAUAAGAAAGGGAUUAUACCAGGGAAAGAUGGAAAACUUGUAAGAUUAUCUGAGUGUAUAGAUGACCCUGUAGCCUAUACCAACCUCAACGACAGUAUUUUCCAUGUGAUUCUUAUGUCUGCCGACCCAGAACUUGCCAAGUCCAGAGAAAUAUUACAAAGAAUUGAACGUAGACAGUUAUACAAAUGUGUAGGGGAAACAACUCCAACUGAAGGAAAAACAAAGGAUGAUGUAUCAAAAAUCAAAAAAGAGAUCAUGUCAUGUAUUGAAGAGGAGUCACGUCACAAGUUACUUCCUAAUGACUUAGUUGUUCAUCUAGUGUACUUAGAUUAUGGAAUGAAGACAGAAAACCCCAUUAAGAACGUCAGAUUUUAUAACAAGAAUGAUGUAACUAAAGCAGUUAUUUUAGACAAACACCAUGUAUCACUUAUGUUGCCUGGAGUCUUUGCUGAACAGUUGAUUCGACUAUAUUGUAAGAAGACUGAUGAGGAAAGUCUAAUGAUAGCCAGGGAUUGUUUCCAGAAAUGGUGUAAUGAUACAGGUCUUCUCUCUCUGUUGUAUAUCAAGAAGUCCCUGCUCAAACUUGAUAUGAAACAGGAUUCCCUGACACCUGAUAAAGACCUGAAUGGUAUGCAUACUCCAGACAAGAAGAUAUCUACAGAAUCUAAAUCUACACCGGUAUCUGCUGGAAAGUUCAAACAAAAACUGUCAUUUUAAGUCAGGACAUCACAGUAUUUAUAUACGUUUACUGUUUUAUUUAACAUUGUUUAUCUGUCUCAACUUAAGGUUUGAAAUUUGCUAAAUGCAAUAUUUAUCAUACUGGAUGAAUAUCUUAAACACAUGUAAAGUUAAUACUUGUAUCAAUGAAUUUUCUUCUGUAACUAUUUUUGUUAUAUUUUAUGAAGUGAAGUUUCUCAUACUAAGGAAUAGAGCAAGUUAUUUGAUAUAACUAAGACUAAAGUGUUACCAUACUAUUAAGAUGUACUAUGUUUGUUAUAAUUGUUUUUGUUAAUGAUUAAUUGUAAGUAGUUAGGGACAACAUCAAAAGUUCAAUGAAAUAUAAAAAAAAUCAUUUAGAUUUUUCUCUGACCCCCCUACCCCCCUCUUAACUUAAUUUGGGAAAAAUUGAUUGCCUAAUAAGGAUAUAUGUAAAAUCGAUGUCAAUUUAUACAAAACUUGCAGCAAUUUGACCCCCACCCCCAAACUAUUUGAAUUAAGUUUUUUAUCCUUCAUUGAUUUUUUGAUGUAGUCC